UUAAUCACCACUUUGGUUUUUAAUUUUUUAAUAAAGAAACCAAAAACUACUGAAAAUUUUGAGAAAAAAAAAAGUUUUAGUUUCGGUUAUAAAAUUUUGUAAAUUAGUAAUUUUCUCCUUCACUGAUGUUCGCUAAAUGAGGCUGCAGUGAUGGGCACUGAUAGGCUGCACUGGCGGCACUGACAGUUGGCACUGAAAGGCAGCUCAGAUGGGCACUGAUAUGUGGCAUUGAUGGACACUGACAGG